AUGGCUUUCAAAUUCGUUAUUUUUGCCGCCGCUUUGGCUUACACCAACGCUGGUUUCCUUUCUGCCCCAGCUGUGGCCACUUACUCUGCUACCCCAGCAGUCCACUACUCUGCCGCUCCAGCCGUGAGCUCCUCUUACAUCCGCCAAGCUUCUGCAGCCCCAGUACUUUCCACUUAUGCCGCCGCCGCCCCAGUUGUAUCCACAUACGCCACCGCCCCUGUAGCCAUUGCCCAUGCCGCUCCAGUUGCCUUUCACGCUCCAGCCUUCGGAUCUUCCCAACAAAAUGUCAUUCGUUCCUUUGGAGGCGCCCAAGCCAUCUCUACCUACUCAAAAGCCGUAGACACUCCAUUUUCUAGCGUACGCAAAUACGACACCCGUAUUACCAAUGAUGCUCUCUCUGUAGCUCACGCCCCACUCGUAUCCACCUACACCGCCACUCAUGCCGCUCCCAUAGACACCUAUUCUCAUGCCUCUCCAGUAGUAGCCAAGGCUGCUUUGGCUUACUCCCCAGCUGUUGCUGUAUCCCACAUGACCUUUUCCGGAUUGGGAGCUUCUUACGCAUACUAG